AAAAAGAUUACAUUGUCUUUUAUAACAUACGUCAUGAAGUUAAACGAAGUAGUUUAAUAGUGGUAGGACACAGACCUUUUUUGAUUUUGAAAAAGAAGAUAAAUUUUGACGUUUGAUUUUUGAAAUUUGUAAGUUUCAAGUGGACCAAAACAUUUGUGAGAAAAGUAGGGAGACAAGUUAAAAUCGGUAGUGGGAAGUACUGCGCAAAGCAAAUCUUAAAUUUAUUAAAAACAGUCAGUAAAUUUGUAGCUCCACGAAGAGUUUAUGCGAAGUCGCGCAACGUUUUGCAAAACUGAUAUCUUGUACUCGCAAAUCCGAUUAUUGAACGAAAGUGUCGUUACGCUCAAGUUAACCCAGUUUUAUAGAGGCAAAAAGUUUUCAUUUCAUUUCUGAAUAUGGUGUCUGGAGGGAUGUCUUGCGUUAAAUAUUUGUUGUUCGCGUUUAACCUGCUUUUUGCCAUUUCUGGCAUAGCAAUCCUCACCGUUGGAUCCAUAGUCUAUAUAGUCUACUCGCACUAUUCGCACUUCGUGUACGCGGGGUAUCACUCGGUACCUCUUGCUCUCAUAAUCGUCGGGAUAACAAUCUUCAUCAUCGCCUUCUUUGGAUGCUGCGGAGCCGUCAAGGAGAAUCACUGCAUGAUCAUCACAUUCUCAGUUUUCCUGUUGCUCAUACUGGUUCUCGAGGUUGUGGUUGGAGUUUUGGGUUACGUUAAGAGAAAUGACGUGGAGAGCAUGUUGGAAAAUCAACUAAACGCAACCAUGCCUAAGUAUUACACGAAUCCCGAUAUCAAAGAUUCUUGGGAUAUUGCACAACACGAGGCUGAAUGUUGCGGUGUAAAAGGACCCGCAGAUUGGUUCAAGAUUACUCACAACAGCUCGCUACCGCACACUUGCUGCCCGGACACACCAGACGAUGGAACUUGUACGACACAGAAUCCCAACGUUUAUCAAGCGUCUUGCGUCGAAAAAUUGAAGGGCGUCUUCAUUAAAUACGGCGUCAUCAUCGGCGGCGUUGGUCUUGGCAUAGCUGCUUUACAGCUAAUUGGUAUCAUUUUCGCCUGUUGCCUGGCCCGUUCGAUUCGCAAGGAAUACGAAACAGUAUUAGUAAAAAGAAGACUUGAAACUGUUAUAUGUGAAGCAAACUCAAUUUUAAGCAGAUUGAAAAUGAGUGGUCCCAAAACCGUACAUGAAGGCAGACCAGAAAUUUUACAGAUAAACUGAACAAAUUGAUUUAUACAUAAAAUCCUUCAAUAUGUAAUAUAAUAAAAUGUAUAUUGA